AUGCCAGCCCUAGAGCAAUUGUUGCUCGGGGGCAAACGUGAUGAAGAUGGCAAACAGAUCGUUCGUGGGAAUUUGUUGGAUGGCGUUUUGCCAAGCGACCUGCUUAAGCACAGCCCAUGCCUGAAAGUUUUGGAUUUGAGCGAAAAUCAAUUGGAGUCACUUCCAGCCACAAUGUUUGCAAAACAACCAUUGCUGCAAUCAGUGGAUCUGGUGAACAACUGGCUCAGUGAGUUGCCUCCCGAAGUCUUUGCAGGGCUCAGCAGCUUGCAGUCGCUCUACCUGUGGUCCAACAGGCUCUUUGCAAACCUCAGCAGCUUGCAGUCGCUCUACCUGUGGUCCAACAGUCUCAGUGAGUUGCCUCCCGAAGUCUUUGCAGGGCUCAGCAGCUUGCAGUCGCUCGACCUGUCGUCCAACAGUCUCAGUGAGUUGCCUCCCGAAGUCUUUGCAGGGCUCAGCAGCUUGCAGUCGCUCUACCUGUCGUCCAACCGUCUCAGUGAGUUGCCUCCCGAAGUCUUUGCAGGGCUCAGCAGCUUGCAGUCGCUCUACCUGAGCAACAACCGUCUCAGUGAGCUGCCUCCCGAGGUCUUUGCAGGGCUCAGCAGCUUGCAGUCGCUCGAUCUGAGGAAGAACAGUCUCAGUGAGUUGCCUCCCGAAGUCUUUGCAGGGCUCAGCAGCUUGCAUUCGCUCGACCUGGGGAAGAACCGUCUCACCAAGGUUCCUGGAGUUUGUGAUCUCGACGGUGUCAGGUGUCAGUUUGUGAUCCCACUAUGGUUAUAA